AUGUACCGCGAUGAGUUUGUGGCGGUGGCUUUGCGGGUUCCAGAUGUUACGUGUUUGGAAGCCAUAUCCGAGGCCCAGCAAGCCCUGGCCGUGCUGCAGCUUGAGUAUGCUACAGUGGUUUCGCCCACUGUCCCUCAGCUUGCUGCUGACUACGCCUCGCUUGUUCUUGGGGGUCCCUGGUUGCGUGAACACGGCACCUGCGUUGUGAUUUUUGACUUCCGGCGCCUGGGCGGCCCAGCUUAUGCCAAACAUAUUUGCUUCAUGGCCUGUCUUUAUGAUCUGUCUCUUGAAGCGCGUCGGUGCGGGUACACUGACUUUGCGGUUUACGUUGCGGGUUCUUCUGAGCCCCUUGCUGAUGGCCCCCCUUCUGAGUUCCAUCAAGGGUGGGUAGUUCAGUUUGUGCGACCCGGGGACCCGCCUCUCUGGCACCAUAACCUGGAAGCUCGCCUGCAGGAUGCCGGGGCCUGGUCUGCCGCUUCCCUGCCCGACCCGCCCCCGCUGCUUCCUUCUCUCCUUCUUGGGGGGGGACACGCAUGCUUGAACUGGGGCGUGGCGGAUACGGACUGGCCUAUCCCAGCUGAUGUGCGGGUUUUGUUCGGUCGUGAUGUCUCGGGGUUUGCUUGUGCCCGCCCUCAGAACGAUGCACUGAAGGAUGUUUGCUGGCGGGGCACUGAUUGCUGUGGAGCAGUGGGCGUUCUUGACUCUCGCCUCCCUGCUCGUGACGGCGGCUACGGAUUCUUUGUGUCUCUGUUGGGUAUUUGGCGCGCUUUGCCGGGAUCCACCGUCUGCCCAAUGGCUUUGUGCUCGCG